UUACUGCAUUUAAAGUUGACUGCUUUAUCAUAUAAUUAUAUGUCAAGGUAUCUACAUCCGGUAACUUUAAUUUAUAUUCUUCUGUAAUUUUUGAUUCUCUUUGCGACGAACAAUUAACAAAUAACGGACUCAAGCACUACGUAUAAAGGUUAGCUUCUGUUUGUCAGAAUAAAGUUCUACAUCGAGUAAACAAGAACUGAAAAAAAUGACAUCGUGCCUAGAAAAUGUACAAAUUCCAACAUGCGUGUGGUUCGAGGGAGUCGAGAAACGAAAUGCAUUAGUAUCGAUUUUGGCUAGUACAUUGUUUUUUGUAGGAUGGUGGUUUAUAAUAGAUGCUCAUGCAAAGUAUCCUGCAGAUAUGGUAACUGCUUAUCACGUGUGUGGUAUAUUUGGUACAAUAUCUUUAUUUAUGGUCAACUCUGUAUCAAAUGCUCAAAUAAGAGGUGAUGAUUAUAAUGGUGGACGUCUAGGAGUCAGAGGAGCAAGAAGUUGGUUAUUUGUUGGCUUUGUUAUAGGCUUUGCUGCAGUCAUUGCAGCCUGUUGGAUUUUAUUUGCAGAUUUCGUAGCUCUAAGUGCUCGACAUUACUGGCCUGGAAUAGGAUUAUUCUUACAAAAUGUAUUUAUAUUCUUGGGAUCUAUGACAUAUAAGUUUGGUCGAACCGAAGAUCAGUAUUAGCGGAGUUAUUUCGAUAAAAUCAUACAAAAGUUACACAAAGGAUUGCUUUUAAAUAUUAAUAUACUUAUAUUUUCAAAAUAUGGUAGCAAAUGUGGUAGUAUAAAUAUUUCAACUUUAUUUGAAUUGACUCAAAUCUCAUAAGUAUUCAUCAAUUAGAAUAUUUAGUAGAUUAUAAAAAUAUAAGAAUUAACAAUUAUUUGCUUUUAUAUAAAGUUUCACAUAUAGUUGUAUGAUAAUAAUACCAUUAACAACACACAUUGAAAAUUGCAAUCCAAAGAUAUUAUAAAGAAUACUUGAAUGUGGAUGCGACGAUCUUAAUAUUUCACAUAAUAUUUAAGUAAAUAUAAAAAUGUUAUCAUUUUCUAUUUAUGAAUAAUUACAUUCAAGUAUACACAGUAGUGCUUACAAUUACAUGUAAAGAAAUAUCCUGAUAGAUUUUUGUAACCAUUUUAAUAAUAUAAAAGGUCUGUUAUAUAAUUGUAAAAUGUAAGAAGGUUUAAUCACUUUCAAUAUUGCAUGUUAUUUUUUACCUGCUGUGCGUGGUUUUUUUCAAAUUCAAUAAUAUUUGUUAAAUUGUUUGGAAUUCAAUCUGAAUAUCUGCUUUUUCUAAUAAAGAUCUUAUUAAUUUAAAUUUCAUUUUACAUAAAUAAUGAAUGAUUUCAUAAUAAAUUUAUAACAUGAA